AUGGAUCCUUAACAAAAAUUCUUGCUUCUCAAAAAGAAAUUAGAUUCUUUGAACUACUGCUAUCCUUUCACUAUUGAAAGUGCUGCUAUGGUUGAAAGGCUUCUUAAUGAGAAUCUAAAAAUUUCAGAGAUGUAUUAAAAUGUUAAAAAGCAAAAUAAUGAAGCUCUUAAGAACAUUGCUAAAGCAGAGUAGUCUUUAGAGCCUCUUAAAAAGGAAAAUGCUAAAUUAAUUAAGGAGAAUAAUGAUCUUCAUUAUGCUAUGAUAAAAGUAAAAGAAGAUGCAGAACUUGCUAACAAUAGAUGGAAAACUACUUACAAUUCAUUGGAAGGCGAAAAAAACGAUUUAAAAUUCUUGGUUGAUUAAAAGGAAGCUAGAAUUAGAAAAGUUGAAGAUGAAAAUUUAGCUCUUAAGACGAAACUUGACACUUUUAUGAGUAAGGUUUAUAUACCUUCUACAUAAGGAGGAUUAGAAAAUUUACCUCCCUCUUACAUAAAUGCCAACAUUUCAGCUCCUACUAAUAUAUCAUUAUCAAAAAAAGGAAACCAAUUUGACUUAAAUAAACCUCUAAAUGAAUUUAAUGAGUACUAGAAUAAUAGAGAAGAGGAAAUGAGAAAUUGGGCUGAUUAAAUUAGAACUUAAGAUGUUCGAAUUGAAGAAUUGCAAAGAGAAUUGAGAGGACAAGAAGAAAAAAAUGUACUUUUAAAUGAAAAAAUCAAACACAUGCAAAUAUAAAUCCAAAACAGAGAAUCAGAGAUUACUAGACUUUAGUCUAAGAUUGACAUUGGUAGUCUUAAUGUCGAUAAGCUUUCAAAGGAUUAUCAAAUUGAAUAAUAAGUUGAAAAGGUUGAAAGACUCAAUCAUUAGAUUGAUUUCUUAACAAAAGAAAAUCACUAAAUGGACACAGAAUUGAAAAAUCUCAAGUCUGACCUGAAGAGAAUAUAAAUGAUCAAAGAAGAAAACAGAAAUCUUAGUGAUAAGGUCUAUGAUUUAAAUUAAAGCCUUGAGAGUGCUAGAAGGAUAAUUGAAUCUCAUGACGCAAAAAGAAAGCAAAUUGAAGAUCUAUACAAGAAUUAACUUUAAAAGCUUGAAGAAAAGUUAAAGAACAACGAUGCUAGCAAGGAAGAGUUUGAUAAUUAAUAUAAAGAUUUAGAAGACGAAAUCAAGAGACUGUAAUAAGAAAAUGAGUAACUUAAGCAAGAAGCUUCUAGAGCAGAUUAAGUAGUGAAUGCAUAUUAAAGUGAUAAAAGAGUAUUCAGCUAGGCAGUUGAGAGUGUAAGAGCUGAAAAAGAGCAAGCCCUUAGUAAAAUGGAGAAGUAUGUUAAGGAACUUGAAGAGAAAUAAGUUUAACUUUAAGAUUAUGAAGAUGAAAAAGCUAUUCUACAUAGCAAGAUUUCUCAACUCUAGAGAGAAAUUGAUUUAACAAAUGCUAAUUAAGAUCGUCUAAGUUCUGAAAACAGAUUGCUCAAUGAUGAAAUUUUGAGAUUAAAGGCCAAUAUUCGCAGUCUUGAGUAAGACAAUUUAGAUUUAAAUGACAAAUAUAAAGAUGCUAAAUUAGAGGGUGAGCGUAUUUUGAAGUAAAAGGAUUUCCUUCAAGAUUAAAUUGAAAGAGCUAAAACAGAUACUUAUAAAUUUAAGAGUGAUGUAGACACUUAGAGCAUAGCAAGAGAAAGAUUAGAAAAGCUCUACGAGAAUUUGCAAAAAGAAAAUUCCAUUUUGAAAAAAGAUAUUGGAAAUUUGGAGCAAAUGAAUUAACAAUCAAAGAGCUUGAUCUUAGAAGCAGAAGAAAAGCAAAGAGAAUAAUUUACUUAAAUCAGAAUACUUUAAGACUAAGUUAAAGAAUUAGAAAGAUAAAAUAAAUUAAGUAAUGAUGUAAUUGAUUAAAAGUCUAAAGAAAUUCGCUAAAUAGAAUCUGCAAGAGCAGAAACAGAAAGAGAAAAUCUGCAGUUAACAGCAAUUAAAAGAAAAUAUGACGAUAUUGUUGACAAAUAAAAGAGAUAAUUAGAAUAAAUUACUGAUUUAGAGGAUAAGAGACUCAAGGUUAUUAGAGAAGCAGACUAGCUUAAAUUUGAUAUUAUGGAUAAGGAGGAAAGUAUCAAAAAGCUCUAAGACUAACUCAGGAUUGAAAGAGAUGAGAGAGUUAGAUUAGCUCAAGAACUCCAAUCAAUCUCUUAAGAAACAGAUUCUAUAAAUUAAACUAUCUAAAAAUCAAAGGAAAAAGAAACUGAAUAUUCUUAUAUCGCUUUAGAAUUAGAGAAAACAAGAGAGAGGGAAAGAAAAUAAAUUAUUGAGAUAGAGGCCCUAUAGACUGAAGUCAGAAAAAUGGAAUAACUUAUUUCACAAGGCACCCGCUAAGUUGAGAAUUUAAAUAAUUAAAAAGAAGAAUAUUUAAAAGAAAUUAAGGAGUUAAGAAAAGAAAUGUUAAAUACAAAGAGCGACAAAGAAAACGGUUUUACAAAAUCUAUCUAACUCUAAGAGAAAAUCAACACUUAAGAACUAUUAGUACAAGAUCUUAAGGACAGCUUGUCAAAAGAAGAAAGAAAAGUUAAAAAUCUUGAAAAUGAAAUUAAAAUUUUAACUAAUGAAAAUACAGAAUAAAGACAGAGAAUUUAUGAAAUUGAAACAAAUAACAAAUAAUUAAAAACUAUUGCUGAAGGUUUGGAAAGAGCAAAGGAAGAACUCUUAGAGAGAUUGUAAAACAGAAACAGUGAACGUGUUGAAGAAGAAGGUGAAAAAAUAAAAUUACAAAAGGAAAUAUAAUCUCUUGGAAAGUAGCUUAAUGAAGUUAAUUAAGAACUUAAAUAGGCCUAAGAUUCAAUAGUUACCAUUGAUUAAGAAAGAGAUGAAAUACAAGAAUAGCUUGAUAAGAAAAUCUUAGAAAACGAAAAGAUUAAGCAGGUUUUAGAACAAUAUGAAAACGACCUCGAAAAAUUGAGAGAUAAGAGAAAUGAAUUGAGCAGCAAAUCUGAUCAAAGUGUUCAAAGAGUUAUUUAACUUGAAGCUACUAUUAAGGAUUAAAAUAAGAAAAUAUAAUAACUCCUCCUAGAAGUUGAUAACUGUAAGUAUACUUUAACUGUCAAGGACAAGGAAUUACAAGAUUUAGCUAAUGACUUAAAUGUUGUAACAAGAGAAAAUUAAAAUCUUACAGGUGAACUCGUCAAGAUAGCUGGUGAAAGAGAUGAUAUUAGACAUCAAUUGAAUAAUGUAAUGAUUGAAGAAAAGAAAUAAAAACAAGGACUAAGAGCUGUUGAAAUGGAAAAAUCAGAUCUUCUUACAUAAUAUAAAUAAGUUUGUAUUGAUAAUGAAAGACUUGAAAGACAGUCACAAGAUUUAAUUAUUGAAAAUUAAAAUUUGUUUAGAAAAGCUUAAGAUUUAGAAAAAGAGUUGGCUUUGUUGCAAGGCCACCUUGGACACCAUGAAGGAAAAUAAGGCUAAAUGAUAAAUGAUCUUAAGAAUAUGGAAAGAUAAAUCACAUUCUUAAACUAAAAACUUGAAUAAGCUGAUUAGCACAUAAGAGAUAUUAUUCAAGAAAAGGAGAAUAUCCAUCGUUAAUACGAUAGCAUGAUGAGAGUUUCUCAAGGGCUUGAAGGAAAUAGGGAUGAAAUGCAAAGAUAACUUAUGACUCUAGAAAAUGAAAAAAUUUAAUUAGUUGAAAAUCUUAAUAUGUUGAAACGUGAAUGUGAGGCUAAGGCUUCUGAGUUAGAUUACCAUAGAAAUAGAGUCUCCCAACUUGAAGAAAUUUUGUUAAGAGAACGUUAAGCUUAACACAGAUAAUCUCUUGAAGUCCAAAGUAUAAUUUAAGAAAGAGAUCAGAUUUCAAGAUAGCUUGAUGAGAUGAAAUAGCAAAAUUUAAAUUUAUAAGGAUAUCUUCAAGAUAACGAAAGAAAUAACAGCUUAUACAACUCUGCAUAGAAAGAUCAAAAGAUCGUUCCAGUCCUUGAAAAAAAAAUUGAUGACAAGAAUCAACUUAUCAAAACUUUAGAAAGCGAACAAAUAUAACUCAGAUAAGAAAACAGUAAACUAAAAUUAAAUAUGGUUUUAUAUUAAAAAGAAAAAGAAGAUCUUGAAAAAAGACUUUACAACUUAAAAGAUUCUCAAAUGAGUGAUACUAUAAAAAGUUCUUAUGAAAAAAAUCCUCGUUAAUAAGACAAUGACUAAUAAAAUUAGUAAGGCUGGGAAAGAAUAUAGGCAGAAAGAAGAGAAUUUUAAAAAUCAUUGAAUGAAGCUAGUAUGAGAAGCUAUGCUCUCAAUUAAAAUGUAAAAAAUUUAAAAAAAGAAUAUGACCAAGUUCUUCCUCCAAGCUCUACUAAAUCUAAAAAUAAUAAUUGA